AGUUCAUAUAGGAUAGUGAGAGGAAAAUACGGAGGGUUAACAAGGGAUAGGAUGGAUGUGUUGAUGACAGAAGGAUAGAGAGAUAGAUAGAGGGAGAGAAAGAGGCAUAUCCGUGUUCUGUAGCAAACCCCAUCACAGGGUCCGCAUCCGAAAUUGCACCUUAUUCCCUCCAUAGUGCACUACUUUUGACCAGAAAAGAAUUUGGACACAGUCAGGGUAUGCAAGUGUUAAUGUCACAGAGAGAGAGAGAGAGAGUCAGGAAACAUAUAAAUAUAUAAAACAGUCUGGCCACGAGCAUAAAAAAAAGAAAAGUUGAAAGAGAUUUAUUUACUUUAAGAGACUGACUGUGUAGAGGAGAGUGGUUUAAACCCCUGAUGCACCGCAUUUAGAAUUAAGCCUCAAAAUUAUUCAACUAUUAAACAUGAGCGGCUUAAUGCAAGCAGAUACAUAGACCAUCUGAUGCUGAACAGAGUUGAAAUCACUCCGAGAUGAGAAGAGAGAGAGCGAGGGAUGGACGGAGAGAUAAAGACUGGGGGAAGGGGAGUGCUUAGCUAAAACUUUAAGGUGAAUCAAUCUUGCAGAGAAAGAGGGGAGAGGAAGAAAGAGGGGAAGGGAGGGGGAAGGAUGCGGCAGAGGGAGAGAGGGAUUAUUCACCAUUUCAAAUGAGUAAAUCCGUAUUGUGUGAAUCUGGCACACACAGAGAGAGAGGGAGCGAGGGUGGAAAAGAGAGAGCAUCACCUCGACAAGACCUGAAGAUCAAAGAGAUCCUCAACAAAAAUAGAGGGAAAGAAGAAAAGGGGAAGAACAAUAACUGAAUACAAAAGUGUUUUCAUGAUCUAGAAUCUCUCUGCGUUGGACUUGGAAUAAGCUUCUCUGCAGUUACAACCACCAGAUACCAACCAACUAAAGAAGGCUUCACUUUAAAAUAAACUUUGGAACAGCGACAGGAGCUGAAGCCCUGAACAUGCGAUAACAGAACAUGAAAGAGAAGCGAACGAACGUGGCAUUGGAAUAAAGAGAAACUCAGCCUGGACACAGGUGUAGAAGAGAAGAGAGAGAGAGAAUCGAGUGAAGAGAUAAAAAGAGAAGAGAAGGAAAGCAUCAGAGGGUAUAUUAUUUCUGGGUCAUCACCCCCGAUGAGAGGACAACACCUGCCAGGUGACUUCUGUUGUUAAGCACAGCCAGGUGGGGACAGUGUCGCAAAUAACUAUAUAACAGAAUUAUGUAAAAUAUCAUAUGUCACGUUUCAGUUUUGAUAGUUGUAAUUAUAUGAGGCGCUGUCAGUGCAUACGUGGUUGAUGUAGUAGUAGGACACUGUUUUGUCAACCACUAGAGCCUACCGUUUCAUGAAGAUAUUGAUGAUGUAGGACCUGCUGGUUUAUGAACGACAGUUUUUGGUGCAUGCUCAAUGUAAGCCUCCUCCAGGAUGCAUUUUUUUGCAUGCGUGUGAACCUGAAACAUCACGACACCUUCUCAACGCCUCAGAGCUCUAAGGGUGCUAUGACACUUUUGGGGUUGUGUGGUUUUUUGGGAUCCUUCAGGGGUGCAGUGAUGGGUGAGCACAGCUGCCCCAGUGCAUUGUGGGGGAGAGAGGGUGUGAAGGUACUCGCGCUCUAUUCGCUCCUAGCAGUCGUACACACAUCCCAUGCCCAGCCUCCCCUCCCUCUCUCCCUCCCGGCCAAAAUCGUUGUCCCCCCUCCCUGGCACGCUCUGCCCCUGUUGCAGGCUGAUCUGGGCUCACUGUUCUCCAACUCCAGCCCCUUCGCCUUCUCUCAGUCCCUGCUCAUGGUGCCUCCGGCUGGGGAAGCCUCCAAAGCAGGGGUCCGGGCUUCCUUCGGGCCUUACUCUGUCAGCCAGCUGGUCUCCGGGCCCAUCCUCCCCCUCUCCCCUCCUCUGUCUGCGUCUCUCCUCUCUAAACACGUGGAGCGAGAGAGGGAUGAAGGAGGAAAGGAGAGGUACCGGGUGCGGGUGUUGUUCCAUGUGCGAGGGGACGCCAGCAGAGGGAGCUGUAUCACCCUCCACGCCUUCAAAGAGACCGAGGAGCAGAAGGCUUCCUGUAUCACACAGCCUCCAUUGGGUCUGUGUGUGGUGACCCUGGCCCUACCUAAGGACUGGUUUGAGGUGGACCAGACCAGCCAGCCCUACCUUGGCCCCAGCCAGCAUGCCAGGCACACACACCGACACCGCACCCGUAAUCGGGGACGACGGCACGAGGGUGUUGUCGUCGGUGGAGCCGAUGGCAUCCCCUUCCCAGGCGCCCUCAGAUACAGCCCCGCCCACACCGGAGACCGCAUCCAGUUGUACUACUCAUUGUUUGGCAUAGCGUCCAACAUCAAACUAGCACCCCCUAGGUGUGUGGAAGACAAAUUACCACAGUCUCAGAGACAGUUGAUUUAUAUAGGAGCUGUGACUCUGAGGAAGUACAAUAAGGGGAGAGAGGCCAACAGGACCAAAGAGGAAAUAGACUGUUGCAAUGGACAGGAAGAGGAAGAGCUACGGUUGGAUUCCAACGUGCUGAUUCGCUAUCGCAGGGGACCGGUCCGCACGGGACAGCCAAUAGGGAUUUCUGUGAACCUGAAGGCCAAUUUCAAUGCAGAGUUUGUUGUUAUCCGACUGAAGGUGAAGAAAGGCCUUUUGUCUCUGGUUGCCCAGCGCUCUCUGAACUCUGACCUCUGGGUUGUGAACCUGGAGAAAACCCAGGGCUCCAAACAUGACGUCAUCUCCAUCAUCUGCCAUAAACUGGCGGGACACAUGGACAGCGACAGUCCCGCUGCUCUGCAGCAGGUUGCCUGUCUGUCAGUGGACGGCUUGCGAAGGAGUUUCGGGGUUGCCAUGACUGUAUCGGCCAGCUGGUGGGUGGAGUACUCAGGCCGUAAUAACCCUCCGCCACCACACGGCGGAGUAGUGAGUAGCUUCUCCUUCACUGACAGAGAGAUAGUGGGCAUCUCUCCCAUAACUGAGAGUGGCAUGAUCAUCAACACGGCCAUCUUGACCAGCGAGCCAGUGUCACUUCCUGUCAUUGUGCUGGCAGUGGGGCAUGAUGGGAAGGUGUCUGAUAUCACCGCGGCGGUGAAGUGUCAGUCGUCCAACGAUGAUAUCAUCAAGGUGUCAAGUGAUUGCUCAACCCUCUUCGUCGACGGAAGUGAAUCAGGGGUGGGCAGCACCUGCGUAGGGGUGGAGUUUCUCCUGGGCACGCUCAGUGGUUCCCUAUGUCUGUCCGUGUGGGCUCCUGUCGUCCCACUGCGCGUCUCACUGUCCGACAACGAGCUGAGCGCCAUCGAUGGCUGGAACCACUACACGGAGAACGGCUGUUCUCCAGUGUAUCAGAGGUCCACGGUUCAGGUUCUGACCCAGUUCAGUGCUCAGGGUGGCCAGGGUCAGCUGAACUACCUGCUGGGCUCCUCUGAUUGGUUUGUGGAUGCCACAGAGUUGGUCCGUAAUUGGCUGAGGGUAGAGAAUCCUCGCGUGGCGGUCCUCGACAAGCAGAGCAAUCUGAUUGGUCUACACCCGGGGAAAACUUCAGUUCAUGUCAUAUCAAGCCAAUGGGACGGUGUGCUGGGUAGCUGUGAUGUCAUUGUGACCUCUGAACCCGUGACCCCUGGUGACCUCUCAGUGCAGGUUGUGGGAGGACUCGGUAUGUCAAUCAAUGCAAGCCCUGCCCACCCUGCUGUUGUCACAGCAACAGUGACCGCAUACAACAUUCUCUACAACCAUGAGCAGGAAGCGUCCAUCAGUGUCUGGCUCCAGUUCAGUGAUGAUAGCGCCACGUUGCUCUCCGCCUUCAGCCGUGGUACCUUCGCCCUGCGCCUCUCCUCAUUGGCAGAGACCGUGGUCGCCGUGACGCCCGGCCCAUCGCUGCGCAUCGUCGCCCAGGGCGAAGGGGGCGGGCCUUUACUGAAAGCAGAACUCCUGGUCCCCACCUGCAAGCCAAUGGCGAACUCCGUCGACGGGGACCUGGCCAAUCCGAAGGAAGGAAGCGGGACCAGGAGGCUGGCUAAAGGAUCUGGUUGGAUCAGGGUGAACCUGGACUCUGACCUUCGUCCAAUGGGGAGCGAGGAGGCGAACUUGGAGCUGCUCAACAUUUCGGACAUGUUGAUGGAGUCAUCUGACAGGGAUGUUCAGUACAGAAACUUCCCGGACAAUGACAUCAUCAUAGGGAACGUCACUGCCGUCAGCGGUGACGACUACUAUGACAAGGCCGGCGAUGGGAUGAUCGCCAGGAACGACCUGGAGAGAGCGGUGUUGACCCCGAAUCACGAAGAGAGCGCGGUGUACUUCUCUCCCGGGGUGGAGCGAGAGAGGGAGGAGAAACUGGAGGAUAAAGAGCUGGAGGUGGGUGUCGGGGCAGUUCUCUCCCUCCUUUGCCUCUCCGCACUCCUCUUCCUGGUGAAUUGUCUGCCCUGUGCUUUGAGGGAGAGGAGGAAGAGGAAGGACAUGAACGUGGAGGGGGUGGAGGGAGUGGUGGAGGAAGAGUGGGAGGAAGGAGAAGAGGAGGUGAAGGAGGAGGCGGAGGCAAAGGAGGUUGCAGAAAAGAACGAGAAAAUAACAUCAUACCCCAGGGUAAUAUCACUUCACGAGACUACUACAGAAGAGAACGAGGGACAGUCAGAUCAAAGCAUGGACCAUUAAGGCUGCAUCCGAAUAGACACCCCAAUCCCUUUAAGAGCCCUGGUCAAAAGUAGUGUACUAUGUAGGGAAUACGGUGCCAUUUUAUUCAGGAGAGAAAGGUAAUUGAUAAAAUCAACAUUCUUAGGAAAAUUGACUAUAUAUUCCUGUCACUGUCUCACCAACAAUGUAUCUUAAUGUCUUAUGUCAUCUUCGUAUAGGCUAGUCUUUUUCUCAGUUAUUUCUUUCUGAAUGUUUGUCUAUCACACAUAUACACUAACUAUCCAACAAAUAUGUGUGCAGAAACAAUGCACGUACAUGACUACAUAUCUGCCAUAUUUAUUUUAUUGGUAUUAUUUCACAUUCAUCCAUGUACAAUUUGUCGUCAUAUCUUUUCGAUUUAGGGCUCAAUGCAAUCCGUAUCGCUGAAGUUCACCGCUAUAUUACAAUUGAAUUUUAAAGGAAAUGUUCCCACGUUUGCGGAGACUGAAUAUGUCAGUUCAAUUGGAAACGACCUUUACAUUUCAAGCACGCUGUAGCGCUGAACUUCGGUGAUAUGGAUUGAAUCAAGGCCUUAGGUCUAUUGAUGGAAUAGUAUAGGGGUUGAAAAAUCCUGGUAAUUUUCCCAAAAUUCCCCCCCGGGAUGACUCCCACAUGCUUAUUCCAUUUUACAUUUUAGUCAUAUGCUCUUAUCCAGAGCAACUUACAGUAGUGAAUGCAUACAUUUCAUGCAUUUUUUGUUUUUGUACUGGCCCCCCGUGGGAAUCGAACCCACAACCCUGGCGUUGCACACACCAUGCUGGCGUUGCAAACACCAUGCGCUACCAACUGCGCCACAGGGAUUCUGAUUCCAGAGAUUCUCCAACUGGGAUUUUUGUAAGAACCGGGAAUUUAGGGCAAGUUACCAGAAUUUGCAACCCUAGUCCUGCACAUUCUAGUUUUCUGGUUGAUCUCCUAAUCAACCAAACGGAAAACCCCACUUGUAAAUAGACAUUAUAGAAUAACUCAUGUGAAACAUGUUAUUCUCCUGCUUGGCAAAGGUUGUCAAUUAACUUAAAAUGAUUUCCUAACAAUAAAAUAUUUCUUUUUGUAUUUGAUUUAGUGAUAAUUAGGAAAAAGUUUGAUUACUUGAUCAACCUUUUUUUUUUGGUCUAAUUUAUCAGUCAAUCUGUUCAGAGUUUGUGUUUGUAUACUGAUGUGAUUGUGCCUAGAGGUAUUUGUCUGAUCUGACCAGACCUCCAGCCAAGUGACUGGAGGAGAGCGGUCUGGCCCACAUGGCUGGCUUAGAGCUGUCAUGUAUCCAGCUACCUCCAAUUGAUGCUGGAUGACACAGAGCACUCGGUUCCUGGCAGUCUUCUCCAGCUAGUUCGACCCCAUGCCGGUUGUCUGCCUCAAGCUUCAGUCUCCAGGUGUUUCUUGGACUAUGGACCUGACCAGUAGAGGUCACAAACAGUGCUAUUUCCCACUCCCAUGUUGCCGCCUAGUGUGAAUAAGGAGUGGCUCAAAUGUAAGGCUUUCAUCUCAUAUGCGUGGAGUUGUAGGUUUGAUCCCAGGUAGAGCCUGUGGUUGUGUUGACACUGAUGGUUGAUGGACUGUGACAACUAAUGAGGGUUUUGUAUUUGAGGUUCCCCUUCCUGUGAACACCAGUGGUGAUUGGGGGGGGAGAAACUUCUCGAAAGAGUAGACACUUUUUUAAAAUACUGCUUUUUCCUUGGGUUUCCCUUCAUAACCGCUGCUGGGGACUGUUCUGGAACCACAGGGGGAAUCCCAGGAUUUAACCGCCCCCGCUUAUUGCCUGCUUUCGGCCGACACACCAAUCCCCAAUCUCUUUUUUGGUUUAACACCCCCCUCCCCACUUUUCUCAGGCGGCCAGCACCCCCACUCUGAACCCACUCCAUGCCGGCAUACUAUCAGUGUUGGAAACAGUACUAAAUUGUCAUACUUGAGUAAAAGUAAAGAUACCUUAAUAGAAAAUGACUCAAGUAAAAGUCACCCAGUAAAUUACUACUUGAGUAAAAGUCUAAAAGUAUUUGGUUUUAAAUAUACUUAAGUAUCAAAAGUAAAUGUAAUUGCUCAAAUAUUCUUAAAUAGCAAGACUAUCAAUCAGUUCAAAUUCCUUAUAUUAAAUGUCGUGGAAAUUCAACACAGGGACACUCGAAGUCAAUAUUAAAUAAAUCACUCUUUAAUUGUCAGCAAGCUGGAGGUCACAGUCAAACUUGGAUGCACUUUCAAACCCUUCAUUCUGGGUUACCCAAUCUAAUUAGUAACUGAUCCAAGCACAGGCAGGGACCAAGGAUUAUUUAUGACAAAAAUAUAAACAUUUUCAAGGCUGUCCCUCCAGUCCAUACAUUUCCUUCACAUAAGCAAACCAGGUGGCAUACAUUUUUAUUUAUGGCUAGCCAGGGGCACACUCCAACACUCAUACGCCAUUGACAAAUAAAGCAUUUGUGUUUAGUGAGUCCGCCAGAUCAGAGGCAGUAGGGAUGACCAGGGAUGUUCUCUUGAUAAGUGUGUGAAUUUGACCAUUUUCCCGUCAAAAUGUAACGAGUACUUUUGGUUGUCAGGGAAAAUGUAUAGAGUAAAAAGUACAUCAUUUUCUUUAGGAAUGUAAAUAGUAAAGUACAGAUACUCAAAAAAAAAAAAAAAACACUAAAGUAUUUUUACAUAAGUACUUUACACCACUGCAUACUACCUCAUUAGUUGCUUGGUGGGAGGCACCAGCAUGACCCUUUAAGCCACUCCAGAGCUCUAAUAUCAAGUGUUUGACCAUCAUCAGACUUGCCAGUCUUAACUUUGCAUGAGUGAGGCUUUGAACCCCCAUUGUCAGUUUGGAACAUGUAUUAUAUUUCUGUUCGGUGUAUUCAUUUGUCUCGGUGUAUUGCACUCGCGUUUAAGAUGGGAAUGCAGUAGUUUAAACCUCACAUUCCUGUAGCCACUAAAGAAAUAUGAUGGUCAAUUUGCCAUGGGCUUGAUGUGACUGACUGCUCUGGGAUUUAGUUAGAAUUCUCUUUUCACCACAGCAGUCUAGCAAAAGCUCAUGUCAUAACAGUACAUUAUCAUAGAUCAGAGUUAUAUUUUUCUUACAAAACUCACAGGAAAUGUUGGGAGCUUGCAGAUUGUGAUUCUGGACAGGACAUCUCUUUGAAACAAUUCAGUACAAGCUUGUACCCACAUUUUAGGUAUGCCGCAUGCCUACAGUAGCCUUUAGGCCAGGAUCCCCCAACUGGCGCCCUAAACUAUUGCCCGUGCAUGGUUUUAUUCGGCUCCCCAAGUUUUCUGUGCAAAAAGUGAUUUUCAUUUUGGAAAUCUGUUCCCAAGUAUUCCCACCCAUAAUAGAGAUGUGAUCGUAUACAAAAUGUAAGCAAUGUUGGAAAUGAUUAUGUUUUAGUCAAAUAUAUCUGUUUGGGCUUCUUGUGGUCAAUUUGCAGUCUAGAAAUUGUAUGAAAAGUAAUUGGCUGAAUGUAGUUGAUGAUCCUGCUUUAGACCGGUCCCCCCCCCACCCCCCUUAAUAAAAAGUAAACCAUGAA